ACUGGGAGACGCUCUUGUUGAUUUUUUCAAUAUUUGGAAAGCACCGCAAAUUGGUUUCAGGACAGAUUUUCUGAGAAAUUCCUGAUAAAAUUACAUUAUUGGUACAAAUAUUCCAAUCUGUGGAGCUUGUGGUUGAAAUGUCAGGAAAAAGGAAGCAAAUUCAUGGUAGAAAUCCCAGUCGAGGGGAUAAGGAGGGGGGUUUGCUGCCAGUUCGUGUAGGUGGACGUAUAAAAAAAGCCAAGACAAUCUUCGAUCCCUCGGAGAGUCUCUAUCCCAAGAAGCGCCGAAUGGAACUUAUACAGACACCCAAGCAACUCAAGAAGCCCGAAGAAUUGCCGAAGAGAAAGAGGAAGGAUUCACAUAGCGCCGCUAGAAUGGUGAGCAAUGGUGAGGAUUCUUCCUCUGAACGAAAAGGAUUGUCUUUUUAUCAAGGCUGGUGCUUGAUUUGCUUGAAAAACCAUCCUAAGCUGAUUACAUGCAAGACAUGCUCCUACAAGGCGCACUUUGAGUGCUUGGACAAGAGAUCUGGGACAAAAUUUGAAGAUCUCGAGAAUAAUUGGCACUGCCCACAAUGCAAAUUCUGCACUGUGUGCCAGAAAACGGCUGAUUUUGGCAUUCUCACCCAAUGUACUCGAUGCUAUGAGUUCUAUCACAAUACAUGCCAUCGACCCAGGAUCAUAACGAAGGGAAGUCAGCGUGACAAGUGGAUUUGUCGCUAUUGCCGCCAGGAAGAUGCGUCUGGAGUAUCUUCGGAGAGUGGUUUGGAUGAAUCGGCAUCUUCUGGGGAAGCUACCCCUGCUAAGAGGACAUCUCCAGACAAAGACAACAAAGAGGAUCCAAAAGACGCAAAAAAAGAAGGGAAAGCCAGUCCUGAUCAAUCUGAGCAUGAUUCAUCUUCAGAAAAAGUAGAAAAAUCGAUCGAAAAACCUGAUAAAAAGGAAAAACGGGAAAAACUGGAAAUGGUGACAAGCACUCUCGAUCCUGUACCUGACGCGUCAUCUUGGACUUCCCUCGAGGUCUACAAUUACUUUUCACGUCACUUCCCCAAUGAGGCGGAAGUGUUUCGUGAGCAGGAAAUUGACGGAGCAUCGCUGGUGCUAAUGAAGCGCGAUGAUGUCGUGUCUGGCCUAAAGCUGAAGCUUGGUCCAGCUAUUCGGAUCUACCGACAUGUCCUGAUGCUGCAAAAGAGGAGCUCUGAUCCACGACUCUCUUGGUUCUAGCCCACCUGAGGCCUUACUCCCGGAAAGCCACUAGUGGACCUUUCUUUGGAGACCACCGAUUGUCUUUAUUGAAAUUAUCGUGUGUAAUCAUCAUAAAAACAUUUCUGAAAUAACUGAUUUUUUUUCCCAAAAUCUGCGCUUUGACGUUGAAUAGAAUUUUAUUUCUAAUCAUUUCAUUAUAUGCUGAAAUAUAUAAAAUAUAGAAUUGAAAAAUAAUCAAAAAAAAGUAUUUUACAUCUGCGUAAUCUCCAUCUCUUCUACUUAUAAAUAAUGCAUCUUCUUCAGAUUAAUACACAAUAAGUAAGUAAUAUUUUUGAUAUUUUGCUAAAUGUUCGCAGUCUCUUUCAGGAUAACGGUUCCACUUAACACGGCAUAUGGUAACGGCACCACUUAGUGCCAUUCCCAACUUUUUUUUACCGGUUCGCAUUCGAUUUAAACCGAUUUCUCAAAAGAUCGCCCAGAAUAGAGGUAAAUAUAAUUUAUUUUGGAUAAAAAUUAGUUAUCGAUUCAAAGGCAAUUCAAACUUGUCAGGAAUUCCAAGACCGUUCCAACAAUACCAAACAUGACAACAUUCGGUUAAGAAAUAUGCUCUCUAGAGCCUUUUGAACCUUCGACCUUGAAAACCCAUUACACUCAAUCUCCUCAGUCCCGAUAUUACGCACAUUUUCGGGACCGAAAAAAACGCGCGAAAUGGCAUUACGCAUUGAGAAAAUUCGCAUAUCCGCAGGAGCUUUCUUUUGAAUAAAUCGGUCGUAGAACGAAUAUCGCGCGGAGUAAAAGUAGUUCAAACAAAAAGAUUCAACUGUUUAAUAUAAAUGGACAGUAAUAAACAAUACUUUUUGGCCAGAGUUCUUCAAUAAAUGGUUAAAAUAUUUAAAAACUUUACCUUAAUAAAAGAAAUUAGUUUUAUAUUCUGAAAAAGUACCAAAAUGUUUUUAAAUUUCCCGCGUCGCACACAGUAUCCCGAAGGACUUAAUGCCGGGAUUGAGUGAUAAGGAGUACAGUUAAAGAUCAUUAGGCUAGGUUAAGUGAGUCCCUCAGUCUUGAGCUCCAUAUAUAAAAAACGAUAUUGCGAGGCCCUGCCCUCAGUUCAAUAUUUUUCCAUUACUCCGUUUUUGACUAAUGGCCUCUACACACUAGAGAAAAUUAUGUCCAUAUUGAAGAGUUUUUUCCUACACAGUCGUAAGGAACUUACUUCAAUAUGGACAUAAAUUUCUCUAGUGUGCAGAGGCCAUAAGAGAUUCUGGUUUUCUGAGUUUCGUGAAAGCUGUCUGCCUUCGGAUUCGGAAUCAUUUUUUUAAAGAUUUUCUUGGGAUUCCCGUAAAUUUUUUUGUGGAUUGUAAAAUUUUUGAAAUUUUCUUGGGUAUUUUGAAGGUUUUCUUGGAAUUUCCGGAAAUUUUGAUGAUUUUUUUUACUAGGAAUUCAUGAAAGUUCUAGUUAGUUAGAAGUGUUAAUGGGUUUCGCGCAAGUUCUUGAUGAUUUCUUGAAUUGUGUAGAAAUUUUGUAAUUUUUUUUGGGAUUCGCGAAAGCUUUUAAAACCUUCCAGGAUGUUACCAAUAUUUUUGAAAUUGUCUUUGGAAUUCGUAAUUUUUCUUAAAGUUUGAGAUUUGAGAAACUUUCCUGGGAUAUCACGGAAAUUUUGGAAAUUUUUCAGGUGUUAUUAUGUCUUAUAGACUAGAGCUUUCUUGGGAUUCAAUAGAUUUAAAGAAAAUUUAUGAUGUUUUUUUAGGUUUCUGAAAGUUCUCUAA